AUGUUUUCGGCAGCCCGCUUUACCCCCCGCCUCUUGGCGCCGGCAGCAUGCGCUGUGCGUCCCAUGUCGACCCGUGUGGCCGUGCGGCCCCUAGCCUUUAAGUCUGUCCGCUCACCAUUGCAGCAGCAGAUCCGCAACGUGCGCCACACUCGUUUCAACCGCCCCACAAGUGCUGGUGGCGUCCACCGUGGGGCAGAGUACUCUGCGCCAGCGCCGCCCAUGUCGAUGGGCCAGGCCUUUGGUGGCUCGAACGGCUCGUUCGCGCAAAAUGGCUGGCCCCGCGCACUUGUGAGCAUCGGUAUUGUGGCGGGUACGGCGAUUGGAUUGAACCUGUUUUUCAACCGCGAGACGCGCGGCGCCUUGGAGAUGUUUGAGAGCAACUACCUCAACUCGACCUUCACAUACCUUGGUGUCGGUCUCACUAUGACGGCCGGUGCUGCCUACGCGCUGCACCGCUUUGGCUACUCGGCUCGUAUUAUGAUGGCGAACCCUUGGCUCGUGCUUGGUGUGGGCCUUGUGGCCUCGAUUAGUGGUAUGAUGGGUGCGCAGGCCCUGCCCCCGAGUCAUCCUGCUAAGGUGCCAUGCUGGAUGCUAUUCAACCUGAGCCAGGCGGCUGUCCUCUCGCCUCUCAUGUUCCUCAACCCGGCUAUCCUGAUCCGGGCUGGUUUGUACACGGCUGGCCUUGUGGGCAGCUUGUGCUACGUUGGUGCUACGGCCAAGCAGGACAAGUAUCUGUACCUGGGUGGCCCGCUCCUUGCUGGUGUCACGGUCGUGGCUCUGUCCUCGCUGGCACCCAUGCUUCUGCCACUCCGCUUUGCUCGUACCCUCGCUGUGUCGGAAGCCAUCUGCUUGUACGGUGGUCUAGCUGUGUUUGGUGGCUUUGUCCUCUGGGACACCCAGAAGAUUCUGCGCCAUGCCCAACUGGUGCAGGCUGGUGUAAUCCCCUCGGACCCGCUUCGUGAAAGCAUUGGUCUUGAGUUGGACUUCAUCAACAUUUUCACUCGCAUUGUCCAGAUUCUGGCUAUGCGUGAUCAGCGUCGUCGCUAA